AUGAAUGGAAGAAAUUUGUGGCCUGCAACUGAUUACACCCCACCUUUACCUCCUAUUCGUAGAACUAUGACUGAGAGACCUGGUGUAGAUGAAACACUCAAUGAGGAUGAUGAAGUUAAUCAAGCUAAUGCAAUGAAUGAAGGUGAUGAAGUGAAUGAGGGUGAUCAAGCAACAAAUGAUGAUGGAGGAGCAAUAAAUAAUGGUGGAGAAGCAGCCAAUGAGGUGCAUGUGCAGCAAGACUAUGAUGAGGUGGAACUCACUCCUUUGGAGUUUGAUUCAUCAGUAAACGGAGAACCUAGUCAGGUUCAUGUGCAAGAACAGGAGGCUAGAGAAACACCACUUCUAACCUCGUUGAAGAAAAUCAGGAGGAAGAAAUCUGAAAGGAUUAUCAAGUUGAAGCUGGGCAAGAAAGUUAGUGGUGCAGGUGCACUUGAGAAUUCAGAAGCAAAACCUAUUACUCUAGAAUAA